AUGAAAACUGCCAAUUUCCUCAAGUUUAACAGCCCUACAGUCCGUAUCUGUUCCCCAAGUUACAGUUUCUGCUACAUCUCAUCGGUUUCAGCUAAAUACAGUACCAACAAGCAGCAGCAUAUAUCAAGCUCACGCAAAGGACCAAUGGAAGCUUUCUUUGCCCAAUAUCCCGAAUUCAACCACGAUGAAACUGCGCCGAUUUGGACCGAGUUUAAAUCGUUAUGUGAACAUAAGAAAUGGAAUGAAAACAGCAAGGACAGAAAGGAAGCCCGGAAUCAAUUCCAGGAUGCCAUGAUUGCCGAGUUUGGAAGGAUAUACGGCACCGAUAAUACAUCAUUGUCAUCAUGGCAGAAGCUUUGUCGUACUAUCAAGGUUUCCCCUAUCCCUCAAAACAUCGUUGCAUGUCAAAAGGAAGUUGUUUCGGCACACGUUAACCUCGUCGACCUUGUGGAUUGUCAACGGACUGGAAAGCCCAUUCAUAUAUUCCCAAAUCUUCAAGAACUCCGGAAAUAUACCUUAUCCGAACGCAAGGUCUUCCCCAUGUACAAAGCAAAGACACAGGGUCUUUUGAAAUAUCUUCUUCGCGAGAUAUUAUAG